UUAAGAUAAUGAGAAAUGUAAAUCGAAAUUGAAGUUCUGUUUUCUGUUUAUGUUCUUAUCAGCUGUUCAAAACUGAGAGAAAAAGAGAAUGAGAAUGCCAGCUUAUACGAGUAUAUAUUUAAAGCUUGCAUUGUCGAGUUACUUUGUUAGUUAUUUUCGAGGUUUCCGGAACCACAGAAGUGGAAAGCUCAAGCGCAAUGCAAAAGUCAACUUUUUUGUGGUUGUUGCUACUGAUGAUUGCAGUUUUUGGCUCCGGUGGUGGGCUCAUUUAUUAUGUCUGUAAAGCAGAUAUUCUUGAGCUGUCAGAGGGGGAUCCGUGCCCGGAAAGGCAGGGAUUUCCUUCAAGAACUUGCGUCAAGGAAGCAGCUUGUACCACAUUGAACGACUACAAGGACCUAAACCUAAGUGAAGAAAAUGAAAAGAGUUGUGACUUUAGUUCCCCGAAUCCCGAGAAGUUGAUCUGCUGUCCCGACCUCUUGCCCUUAAAUUUUACAACCACAAUCCAACCACCGAUUAAACCACAAACACUCAUAUUCAAAUACUUGGCAUCUGUGGGAUACUACGAACAGAUUUCUAUGGAUGACUAUGAGUAUCGCUAUACGGCCAUUGUUCUAUCUCCAUCCCAUGUGCUGGCAACGAGUCCAUCUCUAAAACUAUCAAAUAAUAUGGUUCCUGUUCACGUGAUCCUGGGCACAAGUGAUCCCAGAGUUUACGUUGACACGCAAGUGUUUCGGACUGUUGUGAAUCGUAGGAAGAUUACAAUGGAUCUGGCUCUAUACGAAUUGGAGAAUCCGAUUAGCGAGAACCAAUUGCUGAAAACCAUCAGCAUAGCCAAUCUUUGUGACAGAGCUGAUUUUUUGAACUCUCCAAAUAUGAAAGCCAUAGGUUAUGCUCAAAAUCAGACAUAUAGCACCAGCUGCGCUAUGUUCACAAAACAGGUGCAACUCGUUGACUUCAACAAAUGCCACAAUGUGUUGAGCACGCUGAAGCUGGAGGACAUUGUUGGCUCCAAAACGCACCUGUGUGUGACUCCUGGAACGGAUCAUUUUACUCCCGGGGAUGAUAAUCGCUGCUCCAAGUGUCUAACGGCCACAUCGAGUGUCCUUCAUGUGCAGCGUCCUGAUGGCAGCUUCUGUGUGGGCGGUAUUGCCACGCCCACAACCAACGAGUGUGUUGUGAACAGUGAGCCCCUCUAUUACACUAUUCUCCAGAGCGGCACACUCCGUAAAUUUAUACCUCCCGCUCUCCGGGAAAUUUAAUCAAACUCAAAUAUAAAUUUUCAAUUAUCAA